GACGGUUUGAAUUCAAAAAUCAAGAGUUACCGAUUAUGUUCAUUUGUUGAUUGAUUAAUUAUUGUUUCUUUACUGUUGUUAAAUGUUAAAUAAUAUAAAUUAUAAUGGAUAUGAACCAAUGGAAGCUCGUACUAUUUGAUUGGAUUACCGCGACUGGAUUAAUUGACGUGUUUGGAUCAUUAGAGCAUGUACAAUUAGAUGAUUUUUUCUUCAACUUUUACCACAAGAUUCAUUCAGAAAUUAAAGAUACAAUAGAAGAAAAGCUAAUCUGUGAUUUUCUAAAAGAAACUUAUCCAGAUUAUGAAACUUUAUAUGAUGAAAACAACAAUGUGUCGUCCCAAGAUUUUGUCUAUGUCUUUUCGUUACUUCUGCAUUAUUCAUGUGUUCGAGAAAAGGACGAAUACUUUCAAAUUGCAUGCACAAAAUUAAAUUCGACAUUUCAAAUGUGUAUUGCCACUUUCCUUGAAUACGUCACUAAACAGACAAUUUUCAACAAAGAAAUAAUUCGUACUGGAAUCAAACAAGCAGCUAAUAUAACAUCACCACAAACAAAAUACUUCUCAGUGAAUAGUCCUUUAAGGACACCAAAAAAAUCUGAUAUUUCACCCCCAACACCCAGUAAAGAUUUCAUCAAUUCUAAAUUGAAGGAACUAAAAGCAGUCAAGUCACAACUCGAAAAUGAACGUUAUGAACGGAAUAUGCUGGAAAUGGAAGUCAAACAGAGUCAAGAGAAAGUCGAUAAUCUAGUCAAAAAGUGCAAAGAUUUGAGUCAUGAAGUUCAAUCAUUAAAAGCUAGUUCAUUUAUUGAGAAUGAUUCUGAAAAUUUAUCGCCAAAUAAGACACAACGAGAAUAUCAAAUUCGUAAGAAAAUGCAAAAGGAAAUACAACAUCGCGAGGAUAUAAUCCUAGAUCUUAAGUACGAAGUUGAAAAUGGCAAUGUAAUGAAUAAAAAGUAUCAGAAUAAGAUUAAUACAAUGGAGAAGCAAAUGAAUGAAAUGAGAUUAAAAAUUAGAGAACUUGAUGCUUCUCUUGAUGAGCUAUUAUGCAACAUCACAAUGAAAGAUCAACAUAUUCAUAGUUUAGAGGAAGAGAGGAAGGAACUCUUGGAGUUUAUUAAUGAAACUCGAAGUGGUGUUAAUUCAAAGGAUAUUUCCUCAGACUGUCUCGAUUUUUCAUGCUCAACAGCUUUAUAUACAACAACUAGUGAUUUAUGUGAAAGUUUAGCUAAAAGCGUCGUCGAAGUGCAAUUAAAAGAAAAGGAAGCUGAAAUUACAAAGCUUAGUGAGCUGCUCACAUCCAGUGAACAAAUAAAGGGUGAACUGAAAUCAAAAAUAUCAGAGAUGAAUGAAACCUUAAAGAAUCUCGAGAAUGAAAUAAAUGAUGUCAGAUCCAGCAAAAAUAAAAUUUUUGAAGAUAAAUCAACAGAAAUUCAGUCACUACAAAAUCAACUCAACUGUAUGAUGUCUAAAAAUAAGGAACUACAACGUGAUCUGGAUCUGAAACAAAAGAUUAAUUUGAAAAUGCUUAACGAAAACGAUACCCACAAAAAUGAAACACAAAAUCUAAAGGAAGAAGUCACUCAACUAAAGCAACAAAUUGUCAAGAACAAUGAGGAAUACAGCAAAUUGAAAAACGAGUUGAAGCUUGCUAAAGAAAAUCAAUCAAAUGAAAGCAACUUGAGAAAGGAAAUGACCAAAAAGUCAUUACAGUUUGAAGAGAUUAUUGAGAAUAUAAACGGCAAGUUAAACGAAAAGAAUGAAAAAUUGCUCGAGCUCACUAAAAUGUCAGAAGAUUUUAAGAAAAUGCAUGAAGCGUUCGUUAAGGAAUCUGAAGAAAAAUUGAUGCUUAAAAAUAAUGAAAUUUCAUCACUGAACUGUAAAUUUGCGGAACUCGAAGAAAAUCUUAACAGGGAAAAGACAUUUAAUGAUACAUUGCAAGAAAAUACUGAAGUUUUGAUAGCGAAGCUGUCAAGAUCCAGAGAUGAUGUAAAGCAAAAAAUUGAUGAAAUUACUGCAAAAACAGAAGAAGAUAAACGCAAAUAUUUCAUUAAAAUGGAAGAAAAGCUCGAAGGAUAUAAAGCAGAUGUGAUAUCCCAAAAAGCACAGAAAUUAAGUACAAGAUCACGAAUGGAAGAAUUCAAGAAUCAGAUUGUGAACUUUAUAAAAUAUCCAUUAGCAAUAAUUAUGUUUAAUUUUACACUUUUUGUUUGGUUUAAGUACAACUUAAAUGGGCACAAUUUAGAGUUUUAUAUUAAAGAAUCAGUACCUAAAUUCCAUUGAAUGGAU